AUGGAAGCUCACGAGACAGUCGUCUCCUCCAUAUCCGCGCGCGUCAAGCACUUCCAUCAACUGCAGAAGCCCUUCCGCCUCUACCAUGGCGCCACCAACAGCACGCGCCGCUCGCACCGCAGCGCCGACAACACCAUCGACACCAGCCGGCUGAACCACGUGCUCGCCGUCGAUGCCGCCGCCAGGACGGCCGUCGUGGAGCCGAACGUGCCGAUGGACCUCCUCGUCGGCGAGACGCUGCGCCAUGGCCUGGUGCCGCCGGUGGUGAUGGAGCUGCCCGGCAUCACCGUCGGCGGCGGCUUCUCGGGCACGUCGGGCGAGAGCAGCUCGUUCCGCUACGGCGCGUUCGACGCGACCAUCAACUGGAUCGAGAUUGUCCUGCCCGACGGCGCCGUGGUGCGGGCGUCCAAGACGGAGCGGCAGGACCUGUUCUGGGGCGCGGCGUCGGCCUUUGGCACGCUGGGCGUCGUGACGCUGCUGGAGGUGCAGCUCAAGGAGGCGAAAAAGUUCGUGCAGCUGGAGUAUUCGCUGGCGGCGGGCGCGGCGGCCAUGCUGAAGCGGGUGCAGAAGGCCUGCGAUGUGUCUGAGAACGACUACGUCGACGCCAUUGUGUUUUCCAUGGAUACGACGGUUGUCUGUGUGGGGAGACUGACGGAUGAGCUGCCGGCUGGGACGAAGCCGGUGGGAUUUCUCGGCCGCAGCGAUCCGUGGUUCUACACGCGGGCCAAGGAGGUCGUGGAGCGGCUCAAGACGACGGGGCUGGGAAACGUCAAGGAAAUGCUCGUCACAGACUAUGUCCCCCUGGAGGACUAUCUCUUCCGCUACGACCGCGGCGGCUUCUGGACGGCCGUGUAUGCCUACCGCUACUUCAUCACGCCCUUCAACAGGAUCACCAGAUACAUCCUCGACUCCUUCAUGCACGCCCGCGUCAUGUACCGCGCCGUGCACAAGAGCGGCCUCGCAGACUACUACAUGGUCCAAGACGUCGGCGUCCCGUACGAUAAAGUGGUCGAAUUCCAGGCCUGGCUGGACAAGGAGCUGCACAUUUACCCCCUCUGGAUCUGCCCUCUGCGCAUCCGCCGCGACGACCCGGACUCUGGGCACGGCUUGCACUCGGAGUUUGCCAAGCCGAAUACCCCGGACCUGAUGAACUUUGGCGUCUGGGGCGGCGUCAAGGGCAACCGCCGCCAAGUCAUUGAAAAGAACCGCGCGCUGGAACGCAAAGUCCAGGAAUUGAACGGCAAGAAGUGGCUGUAUGCGCAUGCGUAUUAUACCGAGGACGAAUUCUGGUCACAUUACGACAGGACGUCGUACGAUGCGUUGAGGAAAAAGUACAAGGCCGAGUAUUUACCGAGUGUGUACGACAAAGUCAAGGUUGACGUGGAAGGCGAGGAGAAGGCGAGGAACGCAACGUUCAAGUCGAGGAGCAAAGCUGCGUUUUGGGAUCUCUGGCCGUUGGCGGGUUUGAGGGGGUUUUAUAGUGCGGUGAAGGGGGGUGAUUAUUUGCUGCAGAAGGAGAAGGGGAAGAAGGAGACUGUGUCUGCGGCGGAGACGCCAAAGAUCAACUAA